AUGUCUAUGUCUACGAGGAGUGGGAAGGACUUGUCUGAACCUAGUGAUAAAGGUGGUGACCAGGGGGCGUACAAGAGUGAGGGAUAUGGAGACCAGGGGGCGUACAGGAAUGAGGGAUAUGGUGACCAGGGGGCGUACAGGAAUGAGGGAUAUGGUGACCAGGGGGCGUACAGGAGUGAGGGAUAUGGAGACCAGAGGGCGUACAGGAAUGAGGGAUAUGGUGACCAGGGGGCGUACAAGAGUGAGGGAUAUGGAGACCAGGGGGCGUACAGGAAUGAGGGAUAUGGUGACCAGGGGGCGUACAGGAAUGAGGUAUAUGGUGACCAGGGGGCGUACAGGAGUGAGGGAUAUGGUGACCAGGGGGCGUACAGGAAUGAGGUAUAUGGUGACCAGGGGGCGUACAGGAGUGAGGGAUAUGGAGACCAGAGGGCGUACAGGAAUGAGGGAUAUGGAGACCAGAGGGCGUACAAGAGUGAGGGAUAUGGUGACCAGGGGGCGUACAGGAGUGAGGGAUAUGGUGACCAGGGGGCGUACAAGAGUGAGGGAUAUGGAGACCAGGGGGCGUACAAGAGUGAGGGAUAUGGUGACCAGGGGGCGUACAGGAACGAGGUAUAUGGUGACCAGAGAGCGUACAGGAGUGAGGGAUAUGGUGACCAGAGAGCGUACAGGAAUGAGGGAUAUUGUGACCAGAGAGCGUACAAGAGUGAGGGAUAUGGAGACCAGGGGGCGUACAAGAGUGAGGGAUAUGGUGACCAGGGGGCGUACAAGACUGAGGGAUAUGGAGACCAGGGGGCGUACAGGAGUGAGGGAUAUGGUGACCAGGGGGCGUACAAGAAUGAGGGAUAUGGUGACCAGGGGGCGUACAGGAAUGAGGGAUAUGGUGACCAGGGGGCGUACAGGAGUGAGGGAUAUGGAGACCAGGGGGCGUACAGGAAUGAGGGAUAUGGAGACCAGGGGGCGUACAGGAAUGAGGGAUAUGGUGACCAGGGGGCGUACAGGAAUGAGGGGAUAUGGAACGAGGUAUAUGGUGACCAGGGGGCGUACAGGAACGAGGUAUAUGGUGACCAGGGGGCGUACAGGAACGAGGGAUAUGGUGACCAGGGGGCGUACAGGAACGAGGGAUAUGGUGACCAGGGGGCGUACAGGAACGAGGGAUAUGGUGACCAGGGGGCGUACAGGAAUGAGGGAUAUGGUGACCAGGGGGCGUACAGGAAUGAGCGAUAUGGUGACCAGGGGGCGUACAGGAUUGAGGGAUAUGGUGACCAGGGGGCGUACAGGAUUGAGGGAUAUGGUGACCAGGGGGCGUACAGGAAUGAGGUAUAUGGUGACCAGGGGGCGUACAGGAAUGAGGUAUAUGGUGACCAGGGGGCGUACAGGAAUGAGGUAUAUGGUGACCAGGGGGCGUACAGGAGUGAGGUAUGGUGA